CCCUGGGGAACAUGACAGCUUCAUGGAUUUUCCUCCUGCUGACACAAUCUGGACUCUCCUUAGAAUCAUCUGAAGGGAGCGCAGACAUCCCCCUCGGUGAAGAGACAGAUAUUGAUCAUUGUCCAGAAGGAAAAUACGUCUUCCACCAACUUUGUUUAGAGUGUCCCUCUGGUCAUUUUUGUCCUGGCAAUGUAUCUGCACCUCAUAGAUGUCCAGCAGGGACAUUCAACCUCUACACAGGGAAAGGCAGUAUCAGUGACUGCAAGCCUUGUUUUCCAGGUCUGAUCAGUUCAGAGGACAGAGUGGACUGUAGGCUGUGUCCUGCAGGUUUCUCAUGUGAUCCAGACAACGGGACCCUCUCUUUAUGCUCCCCAGGACAACAUUCCCCUGAGGGGGUCCUACAGUGUCUGACCUGCCCUGUAGAUUCUGUUUGCACCUCUGGAUUUCCUAUUAAGUGUGGGUCUGGCAAGGAGCCCAAUGUAGAUCACACUGCGUGUAAUGACUGCCCCCCGGGCUUCUACUCCACUGUGUGUACUAUCCAGUGUCUGCAAUGUCCAGCAGGAAGUUACUGUCCAGAUAGUGGGAUGUCACAGCCUCUCCCCUGUCCUCCUGGUUGGUCUUCCUCAUCUGGACAGACCUAUUGCCAUAGCUGUAAUGAUACGUCUUUGCUGUGUGGGGGAGCUGUGGCCCCCCGCUGGAGCCAGACAGUCCACAGGUCCAGUCAAACGAUCAUCUGUCGACCAGGAACAUACAAAGACAAGGGGGAAGAGUGUGUGGUUUGUUCAAUAGGUCAUUACUGUGUGGGAGGUGUAGCUGUACCCUGUCCUGCAGGGACUUAUGGCCCUAAAGAAGGUCUGCAGAAGCUGAGAGAUUGCACAAUCUGUCCUGCAGGGUUUUACUGUCUGGAAGGCAGCUCACGGAGACCCACCUCCCAGUUCCUGUGCCCACAGGGCUAUUACUGUGAAGAGGGCACCGCCACCCCUCAUGGGUCACCUUGCCCUGCUGGUACAGCGGGGGAACAACUGGGUCAGACAAGUAGGGCAGCCUGCAAGAGAUGUAGAGAAGGACGCUUCUGUCCUGCAGGCUCAUCAGGGCCUGGCUUGCCCUGUGCUCGGGGGAGAUACUGUCCUGCUGGUUUGGGAGAAGUGAUAUGUCCUCGAGGCACCUUCACCCCUCAUCAAGGAGCAAUAAGUGUGAAGGACUGUCUCAAAUGCCCGGCUGGUUUUUACUGUCCCGAGGGGACAAGCGACCCUGUUCCCUGUCCACCAGGCUCCUUUAACCCCUUAGAGGGUCAGGAUGAGUUGGCUGAUUGCAGGGGGUGCUAUGCAGGGAAGGCCUGCACACAGGUAGCUCUGAGAGCCCCCGAUGUGGACUGCAUGCAAGGGUUUGUGUGUCCCCCUGGUUCCUCUAAACCCAAUGCUCUGACCAAUGCCUGCCCACCAGGGACACUGAGCAAUCGCACUGACCUCACUGACCGCUCACAGUGUCAGCAGUGCCCAGCACGAUAUGCCUGUUUUCGAGGAACUGGUGGUAUCCAGAGACCACCACUCUCCUGCUUUGCAGGGCAUUAUUGUCCCCCUGGAACUAUGUUCCCCACCCAGUACAAGUGUCCUGUGGGGACAUGGAGUGGUCACAGUGGAUUGGAAGCUGAAAGUGAGUGCCGGCCAUGUCCACGGGGCUGGUACUGUUUGGCUGGGUCUGGAACUCCGUCAGGUCAAUGCAGAUCUGGACACUACUGUCCUGAAGGGACUGCAUAUGGCACCCAGUUUCCUUGUCCUGCGGGCACCUACAGCAUCCAAAUGGGCAACAGACACAGAGAAGACUGCCUGAUUUGUCCUGAAGGCUCAUUUUGUCAACAGGGCACCUCCAAACCUUCACCCUGCCCACCCUCCACAUUUCGCCAUCGAAAAGGAGGUCGAAGGCUGGAGGACUGCUCUGCUUGCCCUGCUGGUUAUUUUUGUCCCCACUCAGCCACUGUCAGCCCCAGAGUGUGUGGAGCUGGCAGCUACUCUGACGAGGGCUCUGUGGAGUGUUCUCCAUGCCUGCAGGGCCACUACUGCAGCAAUGAGACCACAAGUGAGGAAGCCAUGUUAAGCGUCAUGGUGUGCCCCCCAGGCUUUCUCUGCUCUCAGGGUUUGGCCAGAGACCCCCAGCGCUCAGCCACCCUCUGUCCUCGAGGUUUCUACUGCCCCGGAGGAGGCAUUAAUCCAAACCCCAUUCCUUGCCCCAAUGGUACCUACAGUGAAUUUCCUGGUCUGCGUGAUGCCAGCGAGUGUGUCCAGUGUCCUGAAGGGAAUUACUGUUACUCCCAGCAGCCUCAGGAGCAGCCUAUUAUCAGGCCUACAGGGGUGUGUCCUUAUGGGCACUAUUGCCCCCUAGGGACUGGCUACCCCUACACCUACCCCUGUCAGGCUGGCCAAUAUAGGAACAACACACUUGGUCACAGUGGAGAGGCAUGUGUUUUAUGUCCAUCCAGGCAUUACUGCGACAAACCAGGAACUCACAUACCCUUAGUCUGCCCUCAGGGCUCUUACUGUCCAGAGGGCACUUCUACUCCCGAACCUUGUCCCGAAGGAACCUACAGUUCACGUUCAUCUCUCAGUGAUGGGUCCGAGUGCUCCCCUUGUGGUGGAGGCCAGUAUUGCACUGGUGUGGGGCUCACAGAGCCUUCUGGAAGCUGCAAAGAGCGCUUCUACUGUAGAGAGGGAGCCAAGUCUGCAACUCCUGUGGAUGGGCCGACAGGAGGUUUGUGUCCAGCAGGAAGUUACUGUCCUCUAGCUUCGUCCUCUCCCCUCCCCUGUCCCCCCGGCACCUUCAGCAAUAGCACUGGCCUCAGCAGAUCUGAUGAGUGUGUCAGCUGUCCACCAGGUUUCUAUUGUUUAGGUUCCAACAACACAUCACCUUCAGGCCCUUGUUUUCCUGGUUUCUACUGUACUGGUGGCUCAGCUUCGCCUGUUCAGAAUGAAGCAGAGGAGGGUUAUUAUACCGUGGAGGGGGCAGCCAGGGCACAACCAUGUCCUCUUGGCACUUUUCAGCCGCAUCGAGGUGCACAGUCAUGUGUGGAGUGUCAGGGAGGCAGAAUGUGUAACCAGACGGCCUUGUCCCAGCCGCCACUGUGUCCCACAGGACACUACUGUCCUCCAGGGUCCUCUGUUGCUCGAUCCUGUCCUCCAGGCUCUUACUCUGACCAGCCUGGUGGUGAUGCUGUGCAGCACUGUCGGCCAUGCGAGGCUGGGUGGUUUUGCAGCAGAGCUGGUCUCUCUGAUCCUCAGGGUCUCUGUGACGCGGGACACUACUGCACAUCUGGAGCCUCCACUGCCUCUCCAGUGGGCGUGGCCGCUGGCGGUGUAUGUUCUGCUGGCUACGUCUGUCCACGAGGGACCAUGUUCCCCCAGCAGCACCCCUGCCCUGUAGGAACCUGGAGCAGCACUGUGGGAGCCCAAAACCUGUCCUCUUGUUGGCCCUGCCUUCCAGGACUCUACUGCAACAGUACUGGACUCAGCCAGCCCUCAGGAAUCUGUGAUGCAGGGUAUUACUGCUCCGGAGGGGCCGUGUCUUCAAAGCCCUCAGACGGAGUGACAGGGGCCAUUUGUCCAGUUGGACACUACUGUCCCAUGGGCGCAACUUCUCCUGCACUCUGCCCUGAUGGGACGUACUCCAACACUACAGGGGCAGAAAUGUGUGAUGACUGCCCCACAGGGACCUACUGUCUGUCAGGAGAAGGUGUCCAGCCCUGUCCAGCAGGACACUACUGUCUUGGUGGCGGUGUUGAGGGUAUCCUGCCCUGCCCUCCUGGCACAUACAGCCCUCAGUUUGGCCUCAGCCAAGUGGAGCAGUGCCUCAUUUGUCCAGCAGGGUUCUUCUGUGAGGACUGGGGUCUGUUUGAACCUACUGGACCCUGUCAAGCUGGAUACUACUGCAUAGCAGGUGUAAACUUUCAGAACCCAGAUGGUAACUUCAGCACAGGAGUGGGAGGAGCAUGUCCAAAGGGGAAGUACUGUCCUGAGGGAACCAGUCUCCCACACCCCUGUCCACCAGGAACCUACUCAAACAGUCUUCAUCUGACAGACACCUUUGGCUGCAGUCCAUGUCCAGCGAGUCAGUUCUGUGGCACCGCAGGUCUCACUCGUCCAUCUGGACUGUGUCAGGCAGGAUUCUACUGUCCAGGGGGAGACACAACAGCCACAGGCUCAGAAGGGGGUCUUUGCCCACCAGCUCAUUACUGCCCUGAGGGUAGUGCAAGCCCAGUGCCCUGCCCAGCUGGGGCCUACACCAACCUCACAGGCCAGUCAGUGUGUUCCCGCUGCCCUGCUGGCUACUACUGUCCAGAAAAGACUGACAACUUCACCAAGUUCCCCUGUCCUCCUGGAUUCUACUGCCCUGAUGGUACAAGGCAUGCCACCCAGUUUCCCUGUCCUCGUGGAUACUACAACCCAGAGCCCAUGACUCAUAGUCUGGACAGCUGCCUGCCUUGUCCUCCAGGACACUACUGUGAGAAGGAAAGGCUGACCAAAGUGUCUGGAAAAUGCAAGGCUGGCUGGUUCUGUGUGUCAGCAGCAUGGAACUCCCAGCCUUUUGACCUGGACAAUUACACAAAUGCCAACUGUCUUUGUCCAGCUACCUCUACAGGGGGGCGCUGCCAGGCGGGCUUUUAUUGCCCCUUAGGUAGCUCAGAGCCCCUGCCUUGUCCACCUGGAACCUUCUGUAACAUCUCAGGUUUGGCUCUGCCGAUGGGUCCCUGCGCCCCUGGGUAUUACUGUAUAGGAGGGGCCACUGAGGCCAGACCGGCAGAUGGAGAAACAGGCGGCAUCUGUCCACCUGGGACAUACUGUGUUGAGGGCUCAGGAGAGCCAGAAUUGUGUCCAGCUGGUACUUUCUCCCCAGUGCCAGGUCUAACCAGUGCGGCUGGCUGUCAGUCGUGUACUGCAGGUUUCUACUGCAGAGGAGCAGGUCUCAGGGCUCCGACUGGACCCUGCAGCCAAGGCUAUUGGUGCCCUCCUGGUCAGACUGUGGCUACAGCUCUGCCAUGUCCUCCAGGCCACUUCUGCUCACACGGUAGUGCUUCUCCAGAGCCCUGCCCAUCAGGAACCUACCAGGACAGAGAGAAACAGGCAGCCUGUGCUGUCUGUGAGGCUGGUCACUACUGUGAUUUGAGACUAGCCAAUGCCUCUUUGCUGAGGCCCUGCCCUAAAGGACACUACUGCCCUGCAGGUACAGCCCUGCCCAACCAACACCCCUGCCCCAUAGGCUCCUUCAACCCAAGACAGCGCACACACAGCCUCGCAGGCUGCAUGCCUUGUACUGCUGGACAGUACUGCCCUUCUGUGGGACUGUCAGAGCCGGCAGGACCAUGCCAUGCUGGUUAUUGGUGCAGAGAGGGAGCAUCUUCUCCCAGCCCACUGGAUGGACUCUCAGGUUCCCUGUGUCCGCCUGGUCAAUACUGCCCCUCAGGCACCACAGCUCCCGUGGCCUGCCCUGAAGGAAGCUGGUCAAACAGCUCAGGCCUGCGUAUCCAGGAGGACUGCAAACCCUGUCUGGGGGGAUUUUACUGCGACUCUGCCGGCCUCACUAAACCUAGUGGACCCUGCUGUGGGGGAUAUUACUGUGUAGAGGGAGCCAUCACAUCAACACCUACAGAUGGAAUUACAGGAGGACCUUGUCCUGAGGGUUACUACUGCCCAGAGGGAACUGUUCAACCUGUGCCCUGUGAUCCAGGGACAUAUGUUGCUGUUACACAAGCCACUCAGUGUGAGCCCUGUGUGCCAGGCUGGUACUGUGUUUCUGGCUCUCUGUACUUGUGUCCUGCAGGCUUUUACUGCCCUGAAGGAACUGGAUUUGACUUGAGAGCCUGUCCAAAGGGAACUUACAGUCCUGAUCCUGGCUACUGGUCUGUCUCUCAGUGCAGGCAGUGUGACGGCGGCCAUUAUUGCUCUUCCAGAAAUGGCACAGCUGUCACUGGACCAUGUCAGGAAGGAUAUUACUGCUCACAUGGAAACACCUCUCCACAACCUGUCUCACAGGCUGCAGGAGAGGGAGGGCCAUGUCCUGCCGGCCAUUACUGCCCCCAGGCCACCAUCCAUCCUCUGCCCUGUCCACGUGGAACAUUCUCUAACAUCACCAAAUUAGUCUCCCAGGAGGAUUGCCAGCCAUGUCUCCCUGGUUACUAUUGCGAUGCUGUGGGGCUCUCAGCGCCUUCGGGCGAAUGCUGGGAAGGUUUCUUCUGUCUUGGGGGUGUGGAUCGCCCCGACCCUCCUUUGAGAGACAGCCGGGGAGGACCGUGCCCAAAAGGUUAUUACUGUUCUGAGGGCUCUGUGGCUCCUAAGCAAUGCCCCCUGGGAACCAUCAGUACAGAAGACGGCCGAGCCAGCUGCAGUGCCUGUCCCCAGGGUUUUUAUUGUCCUGGCAGACGUAAUGGCUCUUUGUCAAGGAGUUAUGAGUGUCCAGUGGGUCAUUACUGCCCGUCUGGGACCUGGUCCAAACACCAGUACCCGUGUCCAGCUGGAUCCAUCAACCCUCACACUCAGAUGGAAAAACCCCAGGACUGCUUGCCCUGCCCUCCAGGCUCCUUCUGUGCAUCUCCUGGGAAGGGUGUUGCAUCAGGCCAGUGUGGUGCAGGGUACUACUGCCUCUCUGGGGCCUGGUCACCCACACCAGAGGAUGGAGGGACGACAGGUGACAUAUGUCCCAAAGGUCAUUAUUGUCCCCAGGGCUCGUCAGCACCACUGCCCUGUCUCAUAGGACAUUACAGCAACAAAACCAGAAACAGUCAUCUCUCCGACUGCCUGCCUUGUCCUCCAGGUUUCCUGUGUGUCACCAGAGGGCUCUCUUUCCCUUCUCAUAUCUGUCCAGCUGGCUCUUACUGUCCAGGCAGAGUAAACGGCAGCCAGCAGGCCUCUAUACCCUGCUUACCUGGAAACAUGUGCCCACAUGGAUCUGAUAGACAGGUACCUUGCUUGCCAGGGACCUACCAGGAUUUACCCGGACAGGCAGAGUGUUUUAAAUGUCCAGCAGGAUUUUACUGUGCUGGCUCAGUGGAUGCUGACACUGGGCAUGUGUCUGGGACUCACACUCCCAUGCUGUGUCCUAAAGGACACUAUUGCCCACCAGGAACGCAGUCCUCUGCAGCAUUCCCAUGCCCAGCUGGUGCCUUCAGCAGGCAGAUGGGGUUAUCCAAUAAGUCAGGCUGUGAGCUCUGCCCUCCAGGGAGAUAUUGCAGUUCCUCUGGACUGGCUGCUCCAACUGGGGUCUGCUCUCCUGGUUACGUCUGUAUCCACGGUUCUGUUUCUGCCCAGCCAGAGGAGGGCCCAACAGGAGGCCGCUGCUCUGCAGGGUCCUAUUGCCCCCAGGGUACCAACCAAAUGAUUCCCUGCCCUGCAGGCACCUUCAGCUCCAUAGAUGGAGCAGUUUCUGUUGAAGUAUGUCAGUCCUGUUUGGCUGGCCAUUACUGCGCUGAGGCUGGCCUCUCCUCUCCAUCUGGGCCCUGCAACCCAGGCUUCUUCUGCACAGAGGGAUGCAGAACGGCCACACCUUGGGGUAAUACCACAGUUACAGGAGAUACCACAUCUCCAUCCCCACUUCCUGGCGAUUCAACUCUGGGUCAGUUCCAUGGUGAUGUGUGUCCUGCAGGCCACUAUUGUCCUAAAGGGAGUGCAAAGCCAAUCCCCUGUCCUCCAGGUACUUUCUUGGGGAGGUCUGUGGCUGAAUCCGAGGCUGACUGUGAAGUUUGUUACCCCGGUUCUUACUGCCCCUCAUGGGCUCAGACCUCUGUCGACCUCCCCUGUCCCCCGGGGUGGUUCUGUCCACCGGGAUCAGUGUCUGGACAUCAGCCAGGAUGUCAGUGCCCACCUGGCCAUGCGUGCCCAAAUGGUAGUGCUGAGCCGGCCAUCUGUAGCCCUGGCACUUUUCAGUCUGCAGCUGGACAGUCCACUUGUAACACCUGCCCACCAGGUUUCUACUGUAUGGAGGGUUCAUCUGUGCCAUCUUCGUGUCCGAUGGGCAGUGUCAGUCCAUCAGCUGGCAGAACAUCCCUGACUGACUGCUCCCCCUGUCCCUCUGGCUCCUUCUGUAACAGCAGUGCUCUGACAGAGCCAUCUGGACCCUGCAACCCAGGACAUUUUUGUUCCCUGGGGUCCACUGAGCCUUCUCCUGUCUCCCAUCCUUAUGGAGAUGUGUGUCCCAUGGGAUACUUCUGUCCUCAAGGUAGUGGGUCACCCAAACACUGUCCUGUUGGCAGCUUCCUCCCAGAGCCUGGAGCUUCCUCCCCCUCUCACUGCCACCCUUGCCCCCCAGGGAAAUACUGCCUUAUUCCUGGAGGCUCACAGCCUACAGGUCUGUGUUUUGCAGGUUUCUUCUGUUCUGGAGGUGCCGAUAGCCCCACACCCCGAGCCAACUCCUCUUUGUUCAGCUGUCUUUGUGAAAUACUGGAGGUUUAUACCACAAAGACAGGCGCCGCCUUCUGGAUGCACAAUCUGUCCUGCUUCAAUAACUCCAAUAAUUCUGGGAGAGACACUAACUGGAUCGAAGUGGUAACGGAGCCACAGGCAGAUUCAGACCAUAUUGUGAUUCACCCACCACCAUGUCUCAAGAGUCUACAUUAUGCAUGUUCUACCUACAGAGGAGAUAUAUGCCCUAAGGGCUUCUAUUGUCCCUUGGGCUCUGCCUACCCCCAGCCCUGUGAGGCUGGCUCUUACUGUAACCAGACUGGUCUAGAUGCCCCGGCCGGGCCCUGUGCUGCAGGAUAUUACUGCCCUGAAGGCUCCUUAAACCCCCAUGCCACCCCUUGCCCCACUGGACACUACUGCCCCCUUGGAACUCCUCUUCCUCUGCCCUGCCCUCUUGGAACAAUAAAAAGUUCCGUUGGUGGAUCUACCGUUGAGGCUUGCCAGCUGUGUCCUCCAGGUCACUACUGCCACCAGAGAGGAAUAGCUGAGCCAAGUGGUCAGUGUGCAGAAGGCUACUACUGUCCUGAGGGACAGAGCUCUGAGAAACCACAACAACAUGUCUGCUCAGUGGGACAUUGUUGUGAGAAGGGCAGUGUCAGACAGACAGCUUGCCUUCCAGGCAGCUACCAGCUCAGACAAGGCCAGGGCAGCUGCGAGACAUGCCCUGCUGGGUCCUAUUGUCAAGAUCAAGGAAUGAUCCUUCCACUUCCAUGUGAGAGAGGAUUUUAUUGUCCCAGUGGAUCAGCAAAUCAACAUCCCUGUCCAGCAGGAACCUAUGGAAACAUGUCAGGACUGGUUGAGGAACGGCAGUGCUCACUGUGUGACCCUGGGAUGUACUGUAAAGGAACAGGGAGGACUUUCCCCAGUGGGCCAUGUUCUGCAGGAUUUGUUUGUGUUGGGGGAGCCUCUGAACCUUCACCACUAGACAGUUUGACUGGAUUCCCAUGCCCUCCUGGCUUCUUCUGCUCUGUGGGGACGUCUGUACCAAAACCAUGCCCAAAAGGAACAUUCAGUGAGCAGAGCGGGCUUAUGGAUGAGUCUCAAUGUCGAAGCUGCAGUCCUGGCUUCUACUGUUCAGAGACCGGCCUCUCUGCAGUCUCUGGACCCUGCCUGCCAGGUUUCUACUGUCUAGAGGGAUCCCAGAUUGCUACUCCAAUUUCAAGCGUAUCUGGAGGUGUUUGUCCAGCAGGCCACUACUGCACAGAGGGCAGCAGUGUACCCUCACCCUGCCCAGCAGGCUCUUACCAAAAUGUGACUGGAGGAAAAGGCAAAGAUGACUGCAAACCAUGCCCUCUUGGCUGGUUCCAGGAUUUAUCAGGCCAGAGAGAGUGUAAUCCCUGUCCUCCUGGGUUCCACUGCCAGUCUCUAAGUCCUAGCCCCACCAGCCCUCUGCUCUGCCCAGCUGGCUACAUCUGUCCCAGGGAGAGUCCAGACAGUCAGCCUCUCCCCUGCCCCAAAGGCACCUAUAGCCCAAGCCAGGGUCUCACCACCACAGGUGAGUGCCUAAUGUGUCCAGCGGGUAAGUUUUGUGGGUCUGAAGGUUUGGUUGAGCCUUCAGGAUCGUGUGCUGCUGGGUUUCUUUGUCUGAUGGGUGCCACAGUGCCAAACCCGACUGACAACAGAACUGGAUCUCUCUGUCCACCUGGGAUUUUCUGCCAACAGGGGCUAAGAGCAGGUGAUUGCUGGGCAGGGUUUUAUUGUGGCUGGGGCUCUAGCAGAGCAGAUAUGACUCUGUGCCCAGCUGGUUUCUUCUGCCCCAGUGGAACACCAGUCCUCAUGCCUUGUCCUGCAGGAACAUUUAGCUCUGACACAGGCAACACACAUCAAGACAACUGCACCACCUGUACCCCUGGAUACUACUGUCCAGUUGAAGGUACUGUACAGCCUGCACUGUGUCCCGAUGGACACUACUGUCCUCCAGGACUGACUCUAGGACUGGAGUUCCCUUGCCCAUCUGGCACUGUGCAGAGUCAGCUCAGAGCCUCUAGUCCUGAUGCCUGCCUGCCCUGCCCUGCUGGAAUGUUCUGCUCUCAACCUGGUCUGUCCCAGCCAACAGGACUCUGUGAGGCAGGAUACUAUUGUCCUGCUGGAUCAACCAGCCCUAACUCUACUGAGUAUCAGGGGAAUUCUACCAGCAGCCAUCUUUGUCCUUCUGGCCACUACUGCCCGUCUGGCACUGGCUAUCCACUCCCCUGCCCCAGAGGCUCUCUUUCCAUUUCCCGAGGACUGAAGGGUGAUGACGAAUGCCCACCUUGCCCCUCUGGACUGUUUUGUGACAGGCCCGCAAUGGCAGAGCUCUCAGACGCUCUCCCAUGUCAUGCUGGGUAUGUGUGCCUGGGUGGCAGCUCCAUUUCCACCCCGUCUGAUGGUUCCCAUGGCUACCUCUGCCCUGCUGGCCAUAGCUGUCCUGUUGGCUCAGCAAGUGAGGUGCCCUGUGAGCCUGGCACUUACAGUCCUGCGCCUGGAGCAGCCCACUGCAUAAUAUGCCCCAAAGGGACCAUGUGUUCCUCCUCAGCCACUCAAGAGCCCUCUAUCUGCCCAGCUGCCCUGCCUCAUCCCUGCCCUUUAGGGACUUUCAGCACCCAGACAGGAGCCUACUCCCUCUCCGUCUGCACACAUUGUCCCUCUGGAGUGUACUGUAGCUCAUCUGGAGCCUCAUCACCACAAGGUUCUUGUUUGCAGGGUUAUUUCUGCCAAGGUGGAGCCAUGGAGCCAACACCGCAAAGCUCUGACAACUUCCCCUGGAAUGGCCCUUGCCCUGUGGGCCACUACUGUCCAGCAGGGUGCCUCUCCCCAAUUCCAUGCCCUCUUGGCAGUAUUCGCAACACCACCGGAGGUGUGUCCAUGGAGAGCUGCUCUGCCUGUCCUGCAGGUCACUAUUGCUCCACUGAGGGUCUUGCCAACCCCAGUGGCCCCUGUACAGCAGGUUUCUACUGCCCGUUUGACUUCUCUUCAACCACUUCAUAUGCUUUCCUCUGUCCCAAGGGCCACUACUGUCCAGAAGGCUCUGCCCUGGCCCUGCCCUGUCCCACAGGACAGUACCAGCCAAACCCGGGCUCAGAUAGCUGCAUCCCAUGCCGACCUGGAUUCUACUGUGAGGAGGCCAUAGUGGGAGAGCCAUGGCUCUGCCCACCACACUCAUUCUGCCCUGCAGGCACCAUGGUACCUCAGCCCUGCCCUAAUGGGACAUACACUCAUUCAAGCCAGGGAGGGCUACAAGAAGAGAGAGAGUGUUUACCCUGCCCUCCAGGGAAGUUCUGCAGGGCUGGUAAGAUCCAGGGUGUGUGUGCUGCAGGGUAUCUUUGUGUUUCUGGGAGUGCAGAUUUCACCCCUCAGGGACCAAUGUCUAACUUGACCCAGUGCCAGUGGGGCAUGCAGUGUGCUGGACCAUGUCCACCAGGUUUCUACUGUCCUGAGGGCACAGAGGAGGCUGAGUUGUGUCCUCCCAACACUGUCAGAAGCUCCCCAAGAGGUGCCAGCCUACAGGACUGCUUACCCUGUCCACCUCAGCAUUGGUGUAAACCUGGAGACCCAGUCCUUCAUCUUUGUCCUGCUGGUCAUUACUGUGAUGGUCUGCCUGACAGUGACUUCAGUGGAGGGACAGGACCCAGGCCAUGUCCUCUGUACACCUAUCGACCUUCCCCUGGAGCAGGCAGCAAGGGUGAUUGCCUGCCCUGCCCUCCUGGUUCACAAUGUAACAGCACAGGGCUUACAGACUACUCCAACAGUCCCUGCCCACCUGGUUUCUGGUGCAGCGGGUCUGGACCCCCCAUCCUCUGCCCUGCAGGCACCAAGAGGCCCCUUCCUGGAGCUGCUGCUCCCAGCCAGUGUGAACCCUGUGCGGGGGGUACCUUCUGCCCAGAUCCUCGGGCUACAGGAAAGCCCAAUGUGGAGGGGAUCCCCUGCAGGGCCUCUUAUCAAUGCCCUAUGGGUGCAGUCUCAGAGAGGCUGUGCAGAGCUGGCUCUUACUGUGGACCUCAGACUGCUGAGCCUCAAGUCUGCCCUGAAGGUUAUUUUUGUCCUGAGGGAUCCCAUUCCUACCACACCCCCAAACAACUCUGUCCAUUUCCCUACUACUGUCCAGGCAACAGCUCUGCCAUGAAGUCCUGCGAAGGGGGUUACAUGCCUGUCAACACCAGCGGGCUCAGAGGAUCCAAAAACAGCUGCUGUAGUGUGUGUGAGGGGGGUACCUAUCGUCCGUACUUCUCCCCCAUCCCACAAUGCCUUCCAUGUCCACCAGGAUACUUUUGCCCCCCGGGUACAGACCACUACAAGAGUAACCCUUGCCCUCUUGGGUAUGUCUGUCCCAUGGGAUCCACUCAACCAAUACCUUGCCCCCCUGGCUCUUUUGGUAACUUCACUCAUGCUGAGACAUUGGGUGACUGUCAUCCAUGUCCAGCUGGCACCUUCAACCACCUGACUACUCAGAAGGCCUGCUUUCCCUGUGGCAGCUCCUCCACCUCACCAGCAGGUUCUUCUUCUUGUACCUGUAUUGGUAAGAACCGUGCAUUCCAGCACUCGGAUGGUUCAUGUUUGUGUAGAACUGGUUUUGUAUUCUACAAUGAACUGGAUUUCAAAAUCUCUACCUUUGACAGUCAAUUGGACUGCCAGCCUGAGGCGAACAGACGGUGUGCCACAGGACAGGUACGUCUGGCAGCAUCCAGAGAGUGUGUGUCACCUUCCCUCCACUCCUGUAAUAUCACCUGUGGACCACAUGGAGGAACUCUGGAUGUGGAAAUGGGCAUCUGCCAGUGUGAGCGAUAUGUGUCUGCUGAAGAGCUUUGCAACACUUCCUGCCUUUCCAGACUGCCUCAGCUUUCUGCACAGUUCUUGCCAGAUGGACAGCUGCUGCUCAGCCUCAAUGAAAGAGACCGCAUGGUCUGGGCCAGGACUGUAAUGAAUGUUUUAGGACCAGAUAUCCACACAAAGAGUAUUGGUAAAAUCCAAUUGGUCCAGUUUGACUCUGAAGGAGUGUUUGGUUGGAUUCCCUCACAGAGCAAACUUAUCCAUCAGUUUCUGUCAGAACCAAUAGAACUCCUAAAAUCAAGACCCAGAAAGUGGAGAGACACAGAAGAUGAUGAUGAUUCUGCCGACUUAGCUGUCCUUCCUCGUAUCCCCAACCCCAUCACAUGUCUGUCCGCUGGUGACAUGCUAAUUUUCCAUCUCACCAUCAACCACACAGACCGCCGUCUCAGCCACUUCCCAGUGUAUCAGAAAGACCAUCUGUUUAACAGUAACCCCAGCUGGGACUUUGGUGCCUUCAGACAUCUGCAGAUACUCAUGAAGCAGACAAACUUCAACUCUACAAGGUUUGCCCAUGUGUUUUCAGAAACAGGGAAGUAUGUGUUUGCUGACAGUGCUGUCCCAGAGUGGAGUAUGGUGGUGGUGGUCAGUGAGGAAGGGACAGAGUGUGACCCUCGGGCCUCCGUCUUCCAGCCCAUGACCCCGGCACAGCUGGUCAAGUACGGGAUUGUCAAGCAGCACAGGCUCAACCUUCUACCUGACUGGGGAGUGAUGGCAGGGAUCCUGAGUCUGCUGCUGGUUGUAGUUGUGGUUUUGACCACCACAGUGCUUGUUCUGCAACCCGGCAAAGCAAAACUUGUCUCCCAGUGGAGGACUAAGCCAAAGUGGCGCAGCCUUGGGGAGCCCUUCUGUCCAGUGGAUUGUGUUUGCAGUGGAGACAGCAUUGUUGUCCCAAGCCUAGGUGGCUUCCUAGGCAGUAGGGGUGCAGGAGAGGGAGCAGAAGCUGAGGAGCCCGCUGUUUCAAAAGGAGGAAGUGUGUCUUGGCGCUGUGAUUUGGAAGAGUUCAGUGUGAAGACUCUGUAUGACAAACUAGAGGAUCAGAACCUCCACAUAGCCUCACAACUGGCCCGACACCGCAAAGACACACAGGAGUUUUAUAGAAACAUUUGUCAACAGACUGAAACACUCAAGAAUGUCUUUGAGAAUAUGGAUAGUAAAAAACUGAGUCUUCUUAAGGAGCUGCUAGUCCAUAAUGCAAUGAGGGAUAAAACAUCUAACAACAGUGCAGGAGAGAGAGAAACACAAGCUGAGGCCUCUGUAGCAUCACUGGGAGCUGUUCUCAGGUCAGUGGAAGGUCUCUUAUGCAGGCUGACAGGAGAUGCUUGGCAAAACCAGGAUUUGCCUGGUCCCCCAUACUGUCAUACUGGUCCUCAAGAUGCCAGGGAAUGUGAACCACAAGCUGGAUACACACAACCCGGUGACACCAACAUGUGUUAUACACAGUUUUCAUCAAUGAAUAUGACCAAAGCAGAAGCUCUUCCCCAUGAGCCAGUCAAUCUACAGAGUACAGUUCCUUGUCUAAGUGACCACGACCUGUCCAAGUUGGUCAGCAUAUCUCCUCUAUUCAAGACCCUGCAGGAGAUCCAACAGUCUUUACAAGACGUUACCACGGCUGAGUCUAAUCAGGAUCUCCACAAUGCAGCUACAGAGCAUUCUGUCCAGGAAAACCAUGAUGGGCAACUUAUACCGACUGCGUUGGACAACCUCUCACCUCAGCACUCUGCCGUUUUCCUGUUUGGUUGCCAUGUGAUGCAGUUGCUGGCAAACUGCCCCCUGUUCCCCUCUGUGCUUCUGCUGCUGGCCAAGUCAAUCCCUGUUUCUUCAUCUUCCUCUAAUGAGGCUCUGCUGGCACAUUGCUCAAGGGACUUUUAUUUUGAUGCAACCAAUCAAAUCCUUUAUCUGUCUGAGACAAAGCUUCAGCACGUGGGACAUUUCAUCGCUAUUAUUCUGCAGUCUAUGGCCCACAUAGCAUCAGGAUCCAAACCCCAGAGCUUUAUGCAAGCUCUCCAUGAGGCUAUUUCAACUUUAAGCCUUCAGCUGUUCAAUUUUUCUUUCAAAUGGAACACAGCAGAGUCAAAAUUCGAUGCUUCAGAGGGGCAGCAUGGUGCAUUAGCUGAGGAAUUUCUCAACAUUAGAGUUCCCACUGAAGUGCAGUUCACUGAUCACCUAUUGGCUAGCAGACUUGAGAAAUACAAAUAUUUCAAGUUAGAGCAGCUCAUCACGAACCUCAAACAGAGUUCAACUGAGGACACAGACACAGGUUUACCACCAAAAGGCACACCGAUGCAGAUGUCCUGUGUAGAGGAAGAAAUUGACCACAUGAAUGAGUCUUUCUUGCAGCUGAGCGUGCAGCUACAGAAGAGAGCACAAAUGAGCACACGGCUAAAGGAGAGAAAAAACAGUGCUGGAAACAAUUCUGCAAGGGCAACACCAACAAGCAUUCCAAGCCUGAGUCGUAAUGGAACAAUCCUGCUGGAACUGAAGAGACGCUAUGUAUCACAGCGCCUCAAUGAGCUCCAAAUCACAUUAGGCCAGAUCAGACAGUGCCAGCAGCAUGACAGCAAGUCAAAAGACAGGACAAGAGGCCAUACACAUACAGACAGCAGCACCACUCAGCAGGGGCAGAGGGAGCAUUAUCCUGGCGUAGAUGGCUGCAGUCCCGCUGAUGGCCAGCGGCAGGACAGUAUUCCAGCUAGUCAGAAUCACAGCCAACAAACUGUAGAGAGCAGAAGUCUUGGUAACUAUCAGUUGGAAAGUCAUAAUUCUGAGCAGCAGAGGAGUGACACUGUCCAUAGCAACAACCCUGAGACAUUACUGGAGUGCCAGAUGCUACAUCUUAAUGUCCCAGGAAAGCAGGAGCAGUUGUGAACAGUCAGGUCACAAUAGAAAAUACAACUGGACAUACAGAUAUUGAUGACAUGUGGGGACCUACUGAUUAGAAACUGGUUCAGAAUGUAGAUAAAUGGUGAGAAAUGUGUUGUUUUUAUGUGGUUCUCUCACCAUCAUUUCUCAUUCUCCUUGCUUUUUGUGCUUUUUCAUGUUCAGCCUAAAAUAGCUCGGUUGUACAGUAUAAUAUUCUUAUUUGUUUGUUGAGGAAUGAUCCGAGUGACCUCUCUCUUAAUUUGCACCAGCUUUUAAACAAUUCAGCAAUUCUUUUUAAUUAUCUGUGAUCCCAGACAGAAAAAAAAUCUGUCAACAAGCAGAGGUGUGACACAAUCUGUCAUCUUGUCCAAAUAGUUUCUAAGUUAGGUGUUAAUACCAGCCUCUAAGACAGGCUCUGUCAUAUUCUAAUUGAGACAAUAAACUUCAGCUGAAUGAACACAA